AUGCCGCCUGCAAGAGGCCAGAGGCGCCUGUCGCUGUGCCCUGGUGGGCCCCCCGUGGCCACCCUCCCCUUUGGGGAGCUGCUGGAGAAAGUGGGGGGCAUGGGCCCCUUCCAGCUCUCCUCCGUGCUCCUGCUGUCCUUGCCAGUCCUGCUCCUGGCCAGCCACAACCUCGUGCAGAACUUCAGUGCUGCCACCCCAGAGCACUGGUGCCGCCUGCCCCCUCUGGCCAACGCCUCCCAUCACGGCGGGGCCUCUCUCCCACCAGAGCAGAGCCUGCAGCGGGAGAGGUGCCGCCGCUUUGCCCGCAGGCUGGCCCUUGACCCCAACAGCUCCCUGGGCCAGGAGCUGGAGCCCUGCCUUGAAGGUUGGCAAUACGACCCCAGCACCUUCACCUCCACCAUCGUCACUGAGUGGGACCUGGUGUGCCACCUGCAACCCCUCAAGAGCCUGGCCCAGUCUCUCUUCAUGGCCGGUGUCCUGGUGGGAGCCUUCGUCUUCGGAGACCUCUCGGACAGGUUUGGGCGACGCCUGGUUCUUAUCUGGUCACUGCUGCUGGUUGCUGUCAUGGGGACUGGCGCCGCGUUCUCUGCCAGCUUUGCCACCUACUGCAUCUUUCGCUUCCUAAGUGGCGUGGGAAUCUCUGGCUUCCUGCUGAACUACAUCUGCCUCAGCCUGGAGUGGGUGCCUACCACGCAUCGGGCCAUGGUGGUGGCCACGCAGAGCUACUGCAGCACAGCCGGGCAGGUGCUCCUCGCUGGGCUGGCGUACGGCAUUCGCAACUGGCGCUGGCUGCAGUUUGCCAUCUCCGCCCCGUUCUUCUGCUUCUUUGCCUACUCUUGGUGGUUACCGGAAUCAGCCCGGUGGCUCCUUAUAAACAAUGACCGUGAGGCAGCCCUGCGCAACCUGAAGCAUGUGGCCAAAAUCAACGGGAAGGCAGCUGCAGGGGAGGCAGUGGUCCUGGAGAUGCUGGAGGCAGAAGCAGGGAGCAGCUCCUCAGGGAGGGGCACCCAUUCCUGCUUGGAUCUCUUUCGCACUCCGGGCCUGAGACGCAUCAGUUGCUGCCUCAUGUUGAUCAGCUUCUCCAUCAACAUGGCAUACUUUGGUCUCUCCAUGGACCUCUCCGUGUUUGGCCUGGACGUCUUCGUGGUGCAACUCUUCUUUGGGACCAUAGAUCUGCUGGCCAAGAUGGGAUGCGCCCUGAUGCUGUCAUUCUUUGGCCGACGCACCAUCCAGAGUUCCUCCCUCGUCCUCGCUGGAGUUUUCCUCCUACUCACCCUCCUGGUGCCUCCUGGAAUGCUGACAAUCCGCCUGGCCUUUGUGGUGCUGGGGAAGGGGUUCCUGGCAGCCUCCUCCAUGUGCCUCUAUCUCUAUGGCGGGGAGCUCUUCCCAACCGUCGUCAGGCAAACAGGCACCAGCUUCACCACGGUGAUGGCUCGUUUGGGUGGCAUUGUGGCCCCGGUGGUGCUGACUGCUGGCGACUACCAGCCCUUCCUGCCUCUGGUGAUAUUUGGCAUCACUCCCAUCAUCUCUGGCGUUGCAGCUGGUUUCCUUCCCGAAAUGCUCAAUGUCCCCCUGCUGGACACGGUAGAACAAGUUGAAGAGAGAGCCAGAUGGAAAUCUAAAGCAAUCCUCAAGGAGAUGCCAGAGAAGAUCAGGACUCCUGUCAUCUGGUCGACCCGCUUAUGAGCUUCAGAUGUAUCACAGACAGGAUCGCUCUCUGGGGGCCACUGGGGCUCAACCCCCUUCAAGGUGGACUCUGUAACUCAGCUCUGCAGAAGGGAAGGAAGCAUCCAUGUCCCAGAGAGCAAAAGGACCUGAAGCAACACCUGGCUGGCUGACUGCCUGCCCAUGUAAGAGGCCCUCCUCUGAGUGCUCCCUCCAUCUGAAGGGAGGUGGAAGGCAGCUGGAGGAAGGGCCUUCUCAGUGGUGGCAGACUCAUUCAUGGACUCCUUACUCCAGGGAAGCCCACCAAGCAUCUACUUUGUAAUCUUUGUGGUGUCAGCCAAAUACUUUCUCUCCCCCCUAGGCCCUUUUACAUGAUGACGAUUGUAUUGCUGCCAGUUUUAUGGCAUGUAUAGGUUUGUUUUUUUAAUUAACGGUUGGCAAGCAUAAAGGUGACUUGCACAUGUGCGCGCCCACAGCCCUUGUCAUAGCCAUCCGUGCCAUGACAACUCUUCCGUCUUUGGUUGCGAGACCAUCAUUUUGUUGCUGGCCAGGUAGAAUGCCAAUUGUGGAAGUGCUGAGUCUGGAAUGAACUUUGUUCUUCUGGGGUUUGAGAGAUUAAUGGGAUGGGAAGAGUGAAUUACCCCCAAACUGACAGCCGGAUGGAUGGGCCACUGGAAAAAUCCCAAAACUGUACAAAUUCCUUCCUGUGGGACUAUAUGUUCAAAGGAAUACAGGCAGUGAGCCCCCUCCAGCUUGAGAGAUUAGCUAGCCUUGCUGGACUUGCUUGCAUGAACACUGGGCACCAUGACUUUGCUUCUGGAUCUAGUUUUGAACCUUAUUUAUUUUGUGUCUGCACCAGUUGGUCUUUAAUAAAUCAUUACACAGGUUA